AUGUCUUGGAGAUGCGAAGGUCUAAUCGACCGCAAGUACAGCCUACCUUUGCAACUGCUGGCCGCUGCUGAGUCGCGCCGAAUGGGCAAACUCCGUGCGAGGAGGCAGCGCCCGCCCGAAACAUUCCAAGCACCCCCAUCACGCCUCCAGGGAUCCGAGCUCGACGCCGUUUUUGUCUCUCCCACCCCCCGUGGGCAGAAAGUAUCUGGCGAGUACCUGCGCGCAGGUGCUGGCCUCGCAUAUGCUGGCAUCGUCACGGAGCGCUACAAGCAUGCAUUUACGAGCACCAGUAGGCAGCUUUGCAGGCCGGGAAAAGCCUCUGGCUCUGUCCAUGAUCUGAUCCUCUCGCCAUGGCACGCCCCUGCAUCCAUCUGGACUGUCGGCACUCCCCCUACGGCAGCUGUGCCAGCCAGCAUCUGGAAGGCCCAGGAGCGAGCGCUGAAGAUCAGAGCAGACAUGAGACUGACACAGCUAGCUGCUAGACAGGAUGGCUAUCGGCUCAGCGCUGGGCUUCCGGAUCCCUGGUCUCUUGCGUGA